AUGGUGAUGGCUUUGCACCUGCCUGUGAAGCUGGAGGGCUGGCAUGGCUGGCACGGCUCGCAUGCGUGGUCAGAGCUGGCUUGCAAGGUUAGCUUCCAUGCAGCUCCUGCUGCGGCUGCCGCAGAAGCCGAAGAGGCAGAGUUGGUCCACCAGCAAGAGCAGCUGUACCGGGAGGGCGACAAGGAGAUUCUGGAAGACAUUGCCGCCGACGAGGGGCAGGCUGAGGGGCCGCUCCAGGAGAUGCCGGAGGCGAUGCCGCCGCCUCCGCCUCCGGAGGAGCCGCCUCAAGCCGCCUUCGAAGAUCUCGCCUCGGCGCUGAAGGAGGAGGCGCCCAGGGCCGGUUUGGUGAUCUCUCUGCCGGCCGGCUCAGGAGUGCCGUCCUCUGCGAGCCGUGCAGCGGCGACCGAGCGGCUGACUGGACUCCUCGGCAAACUCCAGGAUGCGGCAGACGUGCUCGGGGCCUCCAAAGGGUCCAGCUGCGGCGCCGCGCUCGCCUUCGCAGGGCCCCCGAGGUUGCCGCCUUCCAAAACAAGAGCUGCAACUUUCCUCUGA